AUGAAGAUUAUUUACGUUACUCAGGCUAUUCCACUUAUGUUAGCCCUAGCUCAAGUAUCACAAGCUGGACCAUUGGCGUAUGCCAUAUGUCAGAGUGGAUGCAAUUCUUUGGCCGUAGCUUGCUAUGCUUCGGCCGGUUCUGUCUUUGGUACUAUAACAGCUGGUCUUGGUACUCCUGCCGCAAUUCUUGGUUCUGGUUUGACAUUACAAGUACUAGAUAUCCCUUUAAGAGAUAUACUAGAAUACGCUUUCAUUGUAGGAAUUAUGGUUGCAUUGGUAGUCUGUUCUUUUGUAAUCAUGUUUAUUGCCUGUUUACCCGAGGAUAAAAAGUAUUAUCAUAGUACUCCCCAACGUCAAGACAACCGUUUCGGACGAGAAAAUGAAAAAACUUACAUAUAUUAUAAUCAUUAA